GUUGGUCCACUAUGUCUCCUGGCUAUAUUGUUAGAGAUGACUGUCGGAUAUAUGCAAGGUCAAGACAAGCUGUACAGAAUAAAUGACACUCUCUCCUCGCUUGGUGCUGCAUUUCUCAUGACAAUAACAAACUACCUUUUGAAAUUUCUGACAUUAACGACGGAAUUUGGAAUAUAUCAAUGGGUGUAUGAACACUUGGCAAUUUUACAUUUGCCUGUGAACUUACUCUGGACAUGGUUGUUUGCUUUUGUGUGCAUUGAUUUGGGAUACUAUUGGUGUCAUAGACUAUUUCACGAAGUUAAUAUAUUAUGGGCAACUCACCAAGUGCAUCAUAGUUCAGAAGAUAUGAAUUUCAGUGUAUCACUUCGACAAGGUGUUUUGCAUAUACAAUUGGCAUGGAUAUUCUACAUCCCAUUCGCCCUCUUCAUUCCACCGACAGUUGCAUUAGUAACUAUUCAAUUUACCAAUCUGUACCAAUGCUGGAUACAUACAGAGGUAAUACGGACACUUGGACCUUUAGAAUUUAUCAUAUGUACUCCAAGUCAUCACAGAGUUCAUCAUGGUACAUUUGCAGAAGAGAAAGAGCAACCAGUGUAUGGUAUAACGACGCUAGUCAACUCUUGGAAUCCUAUAUAUAUACAGUUUGUUCACUUCAGACUGAUGUACACUAAGUUUUGCAAUCUCUCUGGAUGGUAUGAUAAAUUAUCCGUUAUAUGGAAGGGACCCGGAUGGUAUCCGGGUAAACGACGAUGCGGUAUAUGGGAGGACUAUCGAGAGAUAUCAUAUCCAGUGUACAAAUAUAAUAUGAGACAUUCGUUAUUGGCUGAUAUCUAUGCUGUUGUACAUUAUAUGCUCAUUUAUUUGGCUGUAGAAACCAUUUAUAGUGAAAAUGGUUUAUCACACCGUGAGGUAAUGUGUGUAUUAUGCUAUAUCGUUCUCUCCGUUAUCAGUAUUGGCGCAAUAUUUGAGAAAAGCUCGUACGCUCCAUCGUUAGAAUGUUUCCGGUGUAUAUUAUAUCUAUCUUGCGAUGCUUUGAAGUCAACAUCGGUCCCUGUAUUAGGAAUUGGACAGAUGUUAACCAACCCAUGGAUUAUACGUGUUAUAUUUACUAUAUCUUCUAUCAUAUGGGGUUUACAAGGAAUUAAGGAAUUAUGUCGGCGGAAAACCAAGAAUUAA